AUUUUAUAUUAAUACUGAGGAAGUUUAAAUUUUCGGUGAUCUCAGGGCGUGCAAAAAAAAAUUUGAUAUUAUAUUAUUAUAUAUACUACCACGAUGUUACCAUUGACAAAUAAAGAGCUAAAACCCAAGAAUACUUACAACUACUCUACUAUUAUGUGUGCUGGUAAAUAUGUCUCAUUGCAUGGUGUUAUUUCAACUCUGUUGUUACCAUUGACGAUACAAGUAAUUGGUGGUCAAUAUGGUGAGUUGAUACACCCGAAGACUGAAUAUGACCCAAUAGAGCCUAAUAUAAAAAUACUGUCUUUGACAGAUAUGACUGUCUUACAUGAAGUGGUUCUAAUAAGCCUGCUCUUUUUUGCGCAUUUAAUAGGUUUGAUUAGUGUGAUCAAGAAAUGGGGAAUAGGCUUAGUAUUUUAUUUUCUGGUCCGUGGAGGAGAGUUAUGCCUAUCUUUUACUUGGUUCAUAAGUGUAACUAACAAUAGUAUCAAGUCUCAUGUUAUGUCACAAUUUGAAUUGGGAUGGUAUUGCUUAUUUGCUUUAGUUAUCGAAUUCAUAUCUUCAGUUUUGGUACUUGCAGUAACAGUUCAAGUCCUAAAAUGCAAGAAGAAGGAAUGAGUGUCUGGAAUAAUUACCAGAAAUCAUGCUUAUU